AAUAAUUUCCUACAGAAACAGAGUGACACUGCUACAGUGCACCACCUCCGGCGGAACCGAAGCCUCUCUCUCUCCUCCUGGUCUUGCGCGAUGCCCAGAGGAAUCGGUCAGAAUGAGAUUGUGAACAAGUUAGAGAGGGAGACAGAAGGGGCACGGAAUUUGGAAUUCAAACACAAUGGCGAAUCACGAAACCCAACAACAACAACAACAACAUCAACGCCCCCGCCAACACCGCCGGUCCAAGGGUCGACAUGCAGCGGCUCGACCGGCGGCCCCGGCUAGGGUUCCGCUGAGGAUGCUGCUGCGGGUAGCGUCGGUUGCCGGUGGCAUUCAGUUCGGGUGGGCCCUGCAGCUAUCUCUUCUCACGCCGUACGUGCAGCAGCUCGGGAUCCCGCACGUGUGGGCCAGCAUCAUAUGGCUCUGUGGGCCGCUCUCUGGGCUCCUGGUCCAGCCCCUGGUGGGCCACUUGAGCGACCGCUGCACUAGCCGCUUUGGCCGCCGAAGACCGUUUAUAUUGGGCGGAGCAUUGUCGAUCGUCGCCGCUGUUCUCAUCAUCGGUCACUCCGCUGACAUCGGGUGGUGGUUCGGCGACACCCUUGAGCAUCGCCCCUGGGCUGUCGGAGUUUUCGUUUUCGGGUUUUGGAUUUUGGACGUGGCUAACAACGUCACUCAGGGCCCUUGUAGAGCUUUGCUUGGUGAUCUCACUGGCAAGGAUCAAAGAAGGACACGUGUUGCAAAUGCUUAUUACUCCCUGUUUAUGGCUAUUGGUAAUAUUCUUGGAUAUGCAACUGGAUCAUACAGUGGUUGGUACAAGGUUUUUGCUUUCACACUUACCCCUGCAUGCAAUAUUAGUUGUGCAAAUCUCAAGUCUGCUUUCUUUCUCGACAUUAUUUUCAUUGCUGUCACCACAUAUAUAAGCAUUGUGGCAGCUAAAGAAGUGCCUCUAAGUUCAAGUGGAGCACACCCUGUUGAAGAAGCAGCAGCAGGGGAAUCAGGUACUGCAGGAGAAGCUUUCCUGUGGGAGCUAUUUGGGACAUUCAGAUAUUUUUCGACCCCUGUAUGGACAAUACUGACUGUUACUGCUCUAACAUGGAUUGGGUGGUUUCCAUUUCUCCUAUUUGAUACUGAUUGGAUGGGCCGAGAGAUUUAUGGUGGUGAGCCAAAUGAAGGCCCUAAUUAUGAUACUGGAGUUAGAAUGGGGGCACUUGGCUUACUGCUUAAUUCAGUUGUUCUUGGAGUAACGUCAGUACUCUUGGAGAGGCUAUGCAGGAAGCAGGGACCUGGGUUUCUGUGGGGAAUUUCAAAUAUCCUAAUGGCUGUCUGCUUUAUUUCAAUGCUUGUUGUAACCUAUGUGGCAAAUAACAUUGGCUAUGUAGGCAAAGAUCUACCACCAACUGGCAUUGUGAUAGCUUCAUUGAUAAUCUUUACCAUUCUUGGAUUUCCACUUGCAAUCACUUACAGCGUUCCAUAUGCCUUGAUUUCCACACACAUUCAGUCAUUGGGGCUUGGCCAAGGAUUGUCAAUGGGAGUCCUAAAUCUUGCAAUUGUGUUCCCACAGAUGGUGGUUUCCCUGGGAAGUGGACCAUGGGAUCAGCUAUUUGGUGGGGGAAACUCUCCAGCCUUUGGUGUGGCAGCUGUUGCAGCCCUUGCCAGUGGACUCAUAGCUGUCUUGUUUAUUCCCCGUCCUGGUGGUCAAAAGCCUCGAAGCCCUGUAUGAGUGAGAAUGCUCUGCUUUGUUCAACAUGAGGGACCCUCUACUGGCUGUAAGAAAAGAAAAAAAUUUCUUGAUGUAUAAGGAACAAUGUAAAAGAAGCAACUCUCAUAGCACUACUUUUCCAAACAUCUGGCAACUCUCAUAAUAAUCAUAAAAGCUGUCAUCAAAAUACUGAUUGAAAGAUUAUCUGCAAUCAGUGGAGAAUUUCUUCAUUGUAAAUCAGUUGCACCUGUAUAGGGUGUUGCUUUUAGAGGCUAAUGUGGUGGGAAUGUAGUUGAGGCAUCUUCUGUAGGUUCCAAAAUUACUCAUGGGCAGCAUCCUCGUUCCAACCAAUAUGGCCUGCUGCUGUUUGAGAAUUAUUCCACAUGAAAAAUUCUUUUUAUUUUGAGGCAGUGGUGAUUGUGCGUUGAUGCUUCAAGCAUGAUA